AAUUUUAACAUUUCUUAACAAAUUGUUAAAACAUGCAAUUGCAUUAAAUAAACUAAUGUUAUUAUUUUUAGAAAUGUUUACAUUAAAAAUGUAAUUGCAUGUGUUGGGGUUCAUACUGUAUUUGUAUUAUAUGUCCUGUAAUAAAGAUGUAAAAACCUUACCACCAGCUUCCACUUACUUAAUUCUUUCUGCUUAUUAAAUAUUGCAAAACUCCAUCCUAUUUUGAAAACGUUAUAGUUGAUGUUUCCUGAAAGUCUUCCUCAUCUUUUCCCAGACAUCUCUUAUGUCAGAGCUCGCAUUGUCUUGACCUGUUGGUGGGUGGAGUAGGUGAGUAUGAACAGGUAAAUGUGUGUGCGUCAGUGCUGUGCAUGCUUGCUCAUCUACCGGACCCCUAAACACAUUGAGCAACACAGCCGUUGUGGAUUUAGCACGCAGGACUCACCUGCUUAUACGAGGAAAAUGUUGAAGAAAACGCAGGGAUCGUUCGAGGUGGACCCGUCACGCAUUCUUGUGAAGGGACCGGAGUUUUUAAGGAAACAGAUGGAGAGAGAAAACGAGGCGAAUAAAGGACGCGUCAGUGCGGUGGAGAGGCUGGCAGCCACUAAACCACAGUAUGUAAAAUGCCAACAAGAGGUCGGUUCCUCUCAGGAACCGGUUAUCAGCACCGAGUCUGCCUCUGGGAGCAGUCGAGGGUCUUCAAAGGAAGACGAUUCCGUAAAAAACACUGUUAAUGUUGAUUAUAAAGAGUUACCCGAAGAAGAUAGCAACGUGGUGAGACGGAGCAGCUCGAAGAAACGUGACUCGAUUCUGUUAUACAGACAGAAGUGUGAACUCUUGAGAGGAGCACCUGUACUGAGAAGGAGACUCAACAGAAAGCCGUUACUUACCGUUAGAGACAAAGGUGGAGAAUCUGAUCGCGCCACAAGUAAGGAAUGUGGAAAAGAGUCCUCACAGGUAACCAUAACCGCAAGCGGGACAAAUGAGGUUCAGAGAGCGACUCCUCACAGGAAAGUUCUUGAAACAAAAGAGCAGGAGCGCAAGAGUCGCACAGGAGUGGCGCGCUCCAGCUCGGACAUCAGCUCGCGCUACUCGAAAAACUUCGCGGACUUCGACGUGUUCUUCAAAUAUUGCGGGCUCGACGGUGACAUCAUCGAGUCGCUGGGCAAAGAGAAUUUCUCCGCGCGCUCGGACGAUCUCAGCUCCAAUAUCAGGAGCAUCAGCGUGUCCACGUCGGAUGACGGGUUCUCGAGCUGCAGCGACGGUUUGCAAGAGGAGGAAUUGCAGGAGACUGUCCGACAAGGGUCGUCAGUGAUCGAGCGCAACGCUCGGAUUAUCAAGUGGCUUUACAGCUGCAGAAAUGCAGCAGAGUCUGGAAAGACUCUUCGAGAUCUGGAUUAAAUUAUGUCCUGUAACAAAUUACUUUGUUUUGACUACUAUUAUCAAAAGCAUCUCUACAGUUUCAAGAAAGAGUUGUUGGAGACACCGGCACAUUAUUAGCCAAUCAGAAAAUUAGGCACUAAACCCACUCUUCUGGACUGUUCUAGGGCAUACUACUGGGUCAAUUUUAGUAGGUCUAUACUGUUUGUUGUUGUUGUUGUUUGUGAGCAUGUAAAAUAAGAUCUCUGGUUAACAUUUUGCUUUCAUUUAUUCAUUUUCUUCUCGGCUUAGUCCCUUAAUUAAUCCGGGGUCGCUACAGCAGAAUGAACCGCCAACUUAUUUAGCACGUUUCAUGCAGCGGAUGCCCUUCCAGCUGCAACCCAUUUCUGGGAAACAUCCAUACACACCCAUUCACACACAUACACUACGGACAAUUUAGCCAAUUCACCUGUACCACGUCUUUGGACUGUCUGGGAAAGCGGAGCACCCGAGGGAAACCCAUGCGUAUGCAGGGAGAACAUGCAAACUUAACAUAGAAAUGCCAACUGACCCAGCCGAGGCUCGAACCAGAGACCUUUUUGCUGUGAGGCGACAGCACUACCUACUGCGCACUGCAUCGCCCAUUUUGCUUUACUUACUUUACAAAUUUUUGUACUUCACAUCUAGGCGGACGUUCAAGUUCAAAACUGUGUUUUUGGGUGAAGUCUAGAUUGGAUACAGCUGUGGAUACUCCAAUCCAGUGUUUCUCAAACUGUGGCAUGUGUACCACUAGUGGUCCCACUAGUCAUAUGCGGAGUGAUCACUGAAUAAUUAAAAAAUAAUAAUUAAAAAAUUUAUCAAAAAGAGUUUAUAUAUGAAUUUGAAAUAGCCUAUAUUAAUGAGGUCACAGAACUUUUCCAGGUUUUGAUAAAUAGGCUACAGCAGUUUUCUUUUUACUUUUUAAGAACAGUGUCUAUUUUAAUUAACUUUUAAAAGCACAUUUUAAUUCAAACGUGACUUAUUUUUUACUUGUAGGCUCAAUGCAAUGUUAAUGUUCAAACUAUUUCUAAUGUUUAAAGUGGCUGACAAUAAUACAUUUUCAAAAUAUUAGGAAUAAAUCUGCCUUGUUUUUAAACUGUGUAGAGCUUUGGCUGCUUAAUUAGGCCUACUGCUACUGUAUUUUAAUACUUUUUAUUAUGGUGGUACUGCUUCUGUAUUUUAAUACUUUUUAUUAUGGUGGUACUUGGAAAGACAAUUGUUUUCUGAGGUGGUACUUGGUGAAAAAAGUUUGAGAACCACUGCUCCAAUCAAUAUAGCCUAAUUUUGUUGACACUAUACAACAAUAAUUGCUGUUAUUACAUUACUGUGGCGGUUCGUUUUAAGGUUGGGGUAGACGUUAAAAUACAGUUAAAUGGCUAAUUUCAUAAAUAAUUUGAAUACUUGGUAUAAUUGCUGUCACAACUGUGAUGGCUUUGGUGGGUUUAGGGUUGGGGUAGAGGUAGACGUUAAUAAAAUACAUUUAAUAGAUAAUAUUUUUAAUAAAUAAUCAAAAUAAUUCUCAUUGUAACUUCUAGCCGCAGCUGUAUCUCCUCUAGCUGCAACCAAUGUUUUGCUAUGGAAGCAACUUGUGGUAUUAAAGAGACAUAAUGGGUUCAAGUAAAGUUGCUUCUCUUAAAUUUUGGACAACUUGAGCAGAUACUGUAACAAUGCGCAUAUUUUUCAGUAUUAAACACAUAUUUAUACCGAU